AUGGCCGCCUCAUCGAGCAAGGCUGAAAGUGACGCCCUGGAUACAGCGCCCAAGCUGCGCCUGGACGUGAAAAGUCCCAGCUUUACGCGCCCUCUUGCGAUAGAUGUCGAUGCGACGCGGACUGUAUCGCAGCUCAAGGAGCAGGUGGCGAACGCGGCGCGCGCAGCGCGCAGUGCACCGCAUGGGUGGCCUCAAGCGCAUGGGAUCCGCUGUAUUUACCGCGGGCGGAUUCUCACAGAUGAUGCGCUUCUCAGCACGCUCGAAGCACAGGACACGCCCGUGUCUUUGCACGUUGUAGUGCAGCCCGAAGCGUGGCAGCCGUACGAAGCACCGCCUCCCGAGGAGCAUGGGCCUGCAGGGAGCGCGCCAGUUGCGCCGCCCGCUCCCGCGCACUCAUGGGACACGUUCCUAGAAUCGCUCGCACCUACGGACCUCGUGGGUGUCGCACAUGCCAUCUUCCUGACACAUGCCGCAUACACGGCGUAUCUGGCGGAGCUGCAGCAGACGUAUCCAUCUGCAGGGCCGGUGCGCCUGCGCCUUCCGCGCGUUCCCUGUCCGAAGAUGCUGCCUGAAGAGGCUAUGCAAAACGAAGCGAACCUACGCGACGGUGCCGUCGCGUUCGUGGAGCGCCAUGUUAUGCAAUGGACGCCGUGGAACGAUGUGUGUGUAGACGCGCGGAAAGCGGCGCCUGCGUCCGUGGCACACUACGAGCAUCUGACGCUCCAAGGCCUGCCGUAUCUCCUGUGCACACACAGAGCAGCGCCUUCUCUGGCGACGCUACACGCGCAUGCCGCUACGUUGCUCGAGCGCAUCGAGCAAUUGCAGGACGUAUGGGUCGCGCUCGCCUGCCGCCUGACUGAGCGCGAGCGCGCACCUGUGCCCGUACCACUGGAAUGGAUUACCUGGGCAGAUGUGCGCGCGAUGCUGUCCAGUGUCGGCCUCAUGGCGCUGCGCCUCUUGUUUGUGUACAUGGUCUUUCUACAGCACCUUGGCCCAACAACAACGUGGCUUGUCGCAGCUGCGUCUGCCCUGCUUCUUGUGUGGCACGCCUACUUUCUCCUGCACCGGCGGUGGCGCGAGCGCGUCUCGCCACAUGCGAGCAGCGAAUCGACCAACUCGCAGCCCGCUCCACUCUCGGUCGCGGUGCCAGGCGCCGAAGGGUCUGGCGCACUCGAGAUCCCGUGCCUGCCGUACCGGCGAGCGGAGGGGCGCUGGACGCAGACCACAUACUGGGUCCAGCGCCUCGCAUGGCUGGGCCUCGAGGAGGAAGAGGCCGCGAUCGGUUUCGAGCAUGUGCCCCCCGAGACGCCGCCCCGCAUUGUAUGGGUGGCCACAGAGUCGUACCGUACGGCGCGGCCCGCGCCACUGCGUCGCCCCCUAUGGCUGCGCUACGUGGUGCUUCCAGCGGUGCUCUUCCUCGUGACAAUUAUUCCCCCCGUCGACGAGUGCCGCGCCGAUGCGCUGAGCCUGCGCAAGGAUGCCAUCCUCGCACUCAAGAAAAAGUGGGACGAGUACCGUGAAAAGCCCACCACGCGCACAGACGCGCGGCCGCCGGCCAUUCUCCUGCACCCUUACGCCCUUGCGCUCCUUGCCAGGGAGGCGCGCCCCUAG